AUGACCAGUAACGAGUCCAGCGCUAUGCUUUGGGGAUCUCCCAAGGCGACUGGUGCAGCGUUUGACUUUAGGAGCGAUGUGAUUACAACACCUUCUCGAGGUAUGCUGCUUGCCAUUGCCCGAACAACGCUCCAUGAUGAUGUCUACGGCGAGGAUUCGACAACAAGAGACUUUGAAGAGGAAAUGGCAAAGAUAUGCGGGCACGAGAGCGCGGCGUUUACCCUCUCGGGCACAAUGGCGAACCAGCUUGCCCUUCGCGCUCUCCUCCACCAACCGCCCCACGCCAUCCUCGCUGAUGCCAGCUCCCACAUCAUCCACUGGGAGGCAGGAGGAGUUGCACACUUGUCGGGGGCCAUGGUCCAGGGGAUCCGCCCUAGAAACGGGCUCUAUCUCACCCUUGACGAUGUCAAGAAGCACGCUGCUGUCACGGACGACGUCCACAAGUGUCCGACGCGAGUGAUUAGCAUAGAAAACACCUGCUCAGGGAUAAUAAUCCCUUUGAAGGAGCUGCAAAGAAUCAAGGAAUGGGCCUCGGCACAUGGUAUCGCCGUCCAUAUGGACGGGGCGCGACUGUGGGAGGUAGUCUCAGCCGGGGCCGGUAGCCUGGACGACUUUGGCAGAUGCUGUGACGUGUUGACGGUGGACUUCAGCAAGAACUUGGGCGCGCCGAUGGGUGCCAUGGUCCUCGGCACGUCUGGUCUGAUCAAGAGUCUGCGGCGGUUGCGCAAGAGCAUCGGAGGCGGCAUGAGGCAGGCAGGUGUCCUCGUUGCUGCAGCACGACAGGCCGUUGUCGAGAACUUUGGACUUGGGCCCCGAGACUCCCGAGCUGUGCUCGAUAUCAGUCGGACCAUGGCACAGGAAGUCGGAAGAAUGUGGGCGGUGAGAGGAGGGAUAGUGCUGAAGCCCAUCGAGACCAACAUGGUUUGGUUGGACCUAGGAGGGUGUGGUAUCGAGACAAGCGAAUGGAACGAAACAGGGAGACGGUAUAGCAUCAAGCUCGAUGGGAAAAGGGUCAUGUUGCAUCAUCAGAUCAGCGACUUGGCGAUAAAGCGUCUGGGUGCCGUAAUGGAUGAAGUGUUGAGCCGUGUUAGACAGACGGCAGUGUUGGGUGCCGCGCCGAAAGCUCGACUGUAG